UUGCCAAUUCUUGGCUGUGGUUCACUUUUGUGUUUUAAGUUUACACUUCAAUUUUAAACUAAUCUAUCCAAUAAAAACAAGCUACAAAAGGAAAAACCAUUUUUGUACAAUCAAUUCUUAAUGAUGAUUUAAAGAUUACAUUUAAUCAUUGCUAAUUAUCCAUCAUUGGGUAGGUCAUGAGGUGGGUUUUCUAAUAUCCAUAUAUACUGCAACUCCAUGUGGAGCGGAUCACGUUUGGGUUGGGUGAAUAAUAAAAAAGUUACUAUUAACUAAUUAGUUAGCUUCUUGAUACCUCAGCUGAAAUCAAAUGCGCAUAUACAGCUCAAAGCACACAUCAGCACCUCAGCAUGAGUUUCGCGAAUUACAGUUUCAAUUAUUGUAGGCCCCCAGAUCCUUCAGCAAAAUGAACGCAGAUUCCGAGCCGUUGAUUAUCUACGCAAAAAAUCCCAAAUCUGGGUCCCAUCCUGUUACCUAGGAUUUGAGACCGUUAGAUAUUGGGAUGAUAAAGAGAGGAAAGCUGCAAAUGGUAGUAACAGUCAGUUGUGGUAGGGUCAGAUUCGAUCCGGUCGAUUAUAAUUCUACGUGUCAGACAGACAAGGCCCUAUGUUGAAUUAUAAAGCGAGAGAGAAAAUUUGUCUUUUCUUCAGCUGUUGUUCGGCUUCGUCCCCUAGGUGCAAGCUCUGAUAAAUUGCCUUAGUCAGCCUGCUCCGUUGUCACAACUAUCGAAAUCCACGACGAAGAGAGGGAGGAGGUGCGCUAUGGAGAAUAAUAGCAAUAAGGAAGAGGAGGUGGAGGAGGAGGACCACCAGGAUAACGACGAGGUGGGUCCCAUGGCAGGGGAGGAGGAGGAGGAGGAAGGAGCAGAGGUAGGGUCCAGCUUGACCCGGGAAAGGGUGGCUGCUGCCAAGCUUUACAUUGAGAAUCACUACAAGGCUCAGAUGAAGCAUAUCCAACAGCGCAAAGAAAGGCGCUCAGUGCUGGAAAAACAGUUGGCUACUUCUCAUGUGUCUCAAGAGGAACAAAUUAAUCGACUAAAGGAUUUAGAGCGCAAAGAGACAGAAUACAUGCGACUGAAAAGGCACAAGAUUUGUGUUGAUGAUUUUGACCUUUUGACCAUCAUAGGAAGAGGGGCUUUUGGAGAGGUGAGGUUGUGUCGGGAGAAAAAAUCUGGCGAUAUCUAUGCCAUGAAAAAAUUGAAGAAGUCAGAAAUGCUUAUCAGGGGACAGGUUGAACAUGUUAAAGCUGAAAGGAAUUUGCUCGCAGAAGUUUCCAGUCACUGCAUUGUCAAACUCUAUUACUCCUUUCAAGAUGCUGAAUUCUUGUAUCUAAUCAUGGAAUAUCUACCUGGUGGUGACAUUAUGACUUUGUUAAUGAGAGAAGAAACCUUGACUGAAACUGUGGCUAGAUUUUAUAUUGCUCAAACUGUCCUGGCUAUAGAAUAUAUUCAUGAACAUCACUACAUUCAUAGAGAUAUAAAACCUGAUAACUUAUUGCUGGACAAAAACGGCCAUAUAAAGCUUUCUGAUUUUGGUCUUUGCAAGCCUCUUGAUUGCUCAAAUUUGUCUGCCAUUAGUGAAGAUGAAGUACUUGAUGAUGAGAACUUGAAGGAAUCAAUGGAUGUUGAUGGUCGAUUUCCAGAUGCUGGUGGAGGGCGCUGGAAAAGCCCCCGAGAACAAUUACAGCAUUGGAAGAUAAACAGGAGAAAAUUGGCAUACUCCACAGUUGGCACACCUGAUUAUAUUGCUCCAGAAGUAUUGCUGAAGAAAGGAUAUGCAAUGGAGUGUGAUUGGUGGUCACUCGGUGCAAUAAUGUAUGAGAUGCUUGUUGGUUAUCCUCCGUUCUACUCUGAUGAUCCUGUAACAACAUGCAGAAAGAUUGUGCACUGGAGAAAUCACUUAAAAUUUCCAGAGGAGGCAAGGCUCACACCUGAAGCAAAGGAUCUAAUCUGUAGGUUGCUUUGUGAUGCUGAACAUAGGCUCGGUACUCUUGGCGGGUGCCAAAUUAAAGCUCAUCCCUGGUUCAAAGAUGUUGCAUGGGACAAACUUUAUGAGAUGGAGGCAGCAUUUAAGCCACAGGUUGACGGGGAUCUUGAUACUCAAAACUUCAUGAAAUUUGAUGAGGUGGAACCUCCAUUAACAAGAAGGGGAUCAGGACCCAUGAGGAAGACGCUGUUAUCUCCUCAAGAUCUUAGUUUUGUUGGCUACACGUACAGGAACUUUGAUGCAAUCAAAGGGUUACGUCAUUCUUUUGAUUUAAAGAGAAGCUCAUCACGGUCAUCAACUGACUCUUUUCUCAGUGAUUCUGCUGUGGACUACUAUUCUAAAGACUUGCCUGAUGAAGCAGAACUUCAGAAGCUUGCUUCAAUUGAAUUCUCAUCGUUUAAACUAUCUGGCGGAACAGAUGAAGGGCCUCUCUUGUGAAGUUGAAGGGUAUAAAUGCUUUUUUUUCCCCAGACAGGUUUAUCCCUAAUCUGCAUCAUAAUUGAAGCUAGCUGCAUAUUUUGUAAAACUAUGUACAGUGCUGUUGGAGGAACCUCAGGUAAGCAUAUUUCCUGUUGGGUUCGCCAAGUAAAAAUUAUUUAUGGUUACAAUUCUGUAUAUAAAAAUAAAAAUCACCAAGCUCAUCCAGAGGUCCCUGACUGCCCAGGUUGGCAGACUAAAUAUGCCUUCUCUUGUGGUAGGUAGGCCCUUUUCUCUUUCCAUUUCCACCCCUCCCUUUUUGGACAGUAUAGGAAGUUGCAAAAUGCUGCGCAGGCUGCUGCUGUACUCUGAAAUGCCUUUGCUUUUGUGAAUGAAACAGGAAACGUAACAUCUAUUAUUCUCCAAUUUUUCUCUCUUUCUUUGAAGAAUAAAAUUUCGGAAAAAUGAGGAAAAAGCUUUUGUUGUUAAAUUCAGUCAAUGUUCUUACAGAGGUAUAUUCACAUCUCAAAUUGGAUAACCUUAAACCCAGCAGAUAAGAAAACUUUGCAGCAGCACUUUGUUUUCUAGACAUUUCAGGUUAUUAUACUAUGGCAAGAGUCGUUUUCGCAUUAUAAAUGGGCCUACUGCCUACAUAUGGAUGGCCUCCUGUUAUAAAUUCGGCUGCUUUAAGUCUGAAUAAUUCCAUACUCGCAAGUGGCAAUAUUACAGCUCAAAAGGGAAAGCUGGUUGCUAAUCCGAGCUUCAGACAAGCUUAAUAGCUCAGCUUGUUUGUUUGUCCUAACUGAUCCACAACGGAACUACAAAUAGAAUGGAAAGAAAGAAAGAAAGAAAGAAGAGGUUAUUUGUUUUCCUGGGAACAAGAAGCUCAAUGUUUCCCUGAUUUAUAUUUUAUUCUAGUCUAAUUCUGUGUGUGCAAUUUUGGGCUUAACAAGAUGCUUCUGUGGAUGAAGUAUCACAAAGCUUAUUCCCAACUUUGGUGAAGGAAUCUUAACUGCACCAAUUAAACAAGGAAUCCAUUUUUAUUUUUCUUCUCUUUGGAUAAUUGGCUCAGGAAUCUUGCUUAUAGCAAUUACUGAGCUAACUCCUUAAACUCAAGCCAACCAAACAUUACUGUGCUCUUCUAUUGAUUUUAUUACCUAAAUUGAUUAUUUUGCUCUUUUA